GGCAGAGGGUGGAGAGAGAAAGCUCACGCCGAGAGGAGGUGUGGGUGUUCCGCUUCCAUCCGCGCGGAACGAGCUCCCUCUUCGCGGACAUGGGAUUACCCAGCGGCUGCUAACCCCUCUCCUCGCCCUGCUCCCCAAAAGCGGCGUGGCUCCCCGGGCACCAAGGAGCUGACUACGGGAGGAGCAGGACUCGCACCCCUGGCUGGGCGUGUUUUGGCAACAGAGUGCCUGACCCGGGUCAGGAUUCUCAAGAAAGCCAUGUCUGACAAGAUGUCUAGUUUCCUUCAUAUUGGAGACAUUUGUUCUCUGUACGCCGAGGGAUCGACAAAUGGAUUUAUUAGCACCUUGGGCCUGGUUGAUGAUCGUUGUGUUGUACAGCCAGAAACUGGGGACCUUAACAAUCCACCCAAGAAAUUCAGAGAUUGCCUCUUUAAACUAUGUCCCAUGAAUCGCUACUCCGCCCAGAAGCAGUUCUGGAAAGCUGCUAAGCCAGGAACCAACAACACGACAGACGCAGUGCUGCUUAACAAACUACACCAUGCUGCAGACUUGGAAAAGAAGCAGAAUGAGACAGAAAACAGGAAAUUGCUGGGGACCGUGAUCCAGUAUGGCAACGUGAUCCAGCUCUUGCAUUUGAAAAGUAAUAAAUACCUAACAGUGAAUAAGAGGCUUCCAGCUCUGCUGGAGAAGAAUGCCAUGAGAGUAACGUUGGACGAGGCUGGCAACGAAGGGUCCUGGUUUUACAUUCAGCCAUUCUACAAGCUGCGAUCCAUCGGAGACAGUGUGGUCAUAGGUGACAAGGUUGUUCUGAACCCCGUGAAUGCUGGCCAGCCCUUACAUGCCAGCAGUCAUCAGCUGGUGGAUAACCCAGGCUGCAACGAGGUCAAUUCCGUCAACUGCAAUACAAGCUGGAAAAUAGUCCUUUUCAUGAAAUGGAGUGAUAACAAAGACGACAUAUUAAAGGGGGGUGACGUGGUGAGGCUGUUCCAUGCCGAGCAGGAGAAGUUUCUCACCUGUGACGAACACAGGAAGAAGCAGCAUGUCUUCCUGAGAACUACCGGCCGGCAGUCAGCCACAUCUGCCACUAGUUCAAAAGCCCUGUGGGAGGUGGAGGUGGUCCAGCAUGACCCGUGUCGGGGUGGAGCAGGAUAUUGGAACAGCCUCUUCCGUUUCAAGCAUCUUGCUACCGGGCAUUACUUAGCAGCAGAGGUAGACCCUGACUUUGAGGAAGAAUGCCUGGAGUUUCAGCCCUCACUGGACUCUGAUCAGGAUGCCUCCCGAAGCAGGUUGCGAAACGCCCAAGAAAAGAUGGUGUACUCCCUGGUCUCUGUGCCCGAAGGCAAUGACAUCUCCUCCAUCUUUGAGCUAGAUCCCACCACCCUCCGUGGAGGCGAUAGCCUUGUCCCAAGAAACUCAUAUGUCCGGCUCAGACACCUGUGUACUAAUACCUGGGUUCACAGCACAAAUAUCCCCAUUGACAAGGAAGAAGAAAAACCCGUGAUGCUAAAAAUUGGAACCUCUCCCGUGAAGGAAGACAAAGAAGCAUUUGCCAUAGUUCCCGUCUCUCCUGCUGAGGUUCGGGACCUGGACUUUGCCAAUGAUGCCAGCAAGGUGCUGGGCUCCAUAGCUGGGAAGCUGGAGAAGGGCACCAUCACCCAGAAUGAAAGAAGAUCUGUAACCAAGCUGCUGGAAGACUUGGUUUACUUUGUCACUGGUGGAACUAAUUCCGGUCAAGAUGUUCUUGAAGUGGUCUUCUCUAAGCCCAACAGAGAGCGGCAGAAGCUGAUGAGAGAACAGAAUAUUCUCAAGCAGAUCUUCAAGUUGUUACAGGCCCCAUUCACGGACUGUGGUGACGGCCCGAUGCUGCGUCUGGAGGAGCUGGGGGACCAGCGGCACGCACCCUUCAGACACAUCUGCCGCCUCUGCUACAGGGUCCUGAGACACUCCCAGCAGGACUACAGGAAGAACCAGGAGUACAUAGCCAAGCAGUUUGGCUUCAUGCAGAAGCAGAUUGGCUAUGAUGUGCUGGCUGAAGACACCAUCACGGCCCUGCUCCACAACAAUCGGAAACUCCUGGAAAAACACAUCACCGCGGCGGAGAUCGACACCUUCGUCAGCCUGGUGCGAAAGAACAGGGAGCCCAGAUUCUUAGAUUACCUCUCUGAUCUCUGUGUGUCCAUGAACAAAUCCAUUCCGGUGACCCAGGAACUGAUAUGUAAAGCUGUGCUGAAUCCAACCAACGCUGACAUUCUGAUUGAGACCAAGUUGGUACUCUCUCGUUUCGAAUUUGAAGGUGUUUCUACUGGAGAGAACGCUCUGGAGGCAGGAGAGGAUGAGGAAGAGGUGUGGCUGUUUUGGAGGGACAGCAGCAAAGAGGUUCGCAGUAAGAGUGUGAGGGAACUGGCGCAGGAUGCUAAGGAGGGGCAGAAAGAAGACCGAGACGUCCUCAGCUACUACAGGUACCAGCUGAACCUCUUUGCGAGGAUGUGCCUGGACCGCCAGUACCUCGCCAUCAACGAAAUCUCAGGCCAGCUGGACGUGGACCUCAUUCUCCGCUGCAUGUCUGAUGAGAACCUGCCCUAUGACCUGCGGGCAUCUUUCUGCCGUCUCAUGCUCCACAUGCAUGUGGACCGAGACCCACAGGAGCAAGUCACUCCCGUGAAAUACGCCCGCCUCUGGUCCGAGAUUCCCUCCGAGAUUGCCAUUGAUGACUAUGAUAGUAGUGGUGCUUCCAAAGAUGAAAUUAAGGAGAGGUUUGCUCAGACCAUGGAAUUUGUGGAGGAGUAUUUAAGAGAUGUGGUGUGUCAGAGGUUCCCUUUCUCUGAUAAGGAGAAAAAUAAACUUACAUUUGAGGUUGUAAACUUAGCUAGGAAUCUCAUAUACUUUGGUUUCUACAACUUCUCUGACCUUCUACGAUUAACCAAAAUCCUCCUGGCCAUAUUGGACUGUGUGCACGUGACCACAAUCUUCCCCAUCAGCAAGAUGGCGAAGGGAGAGGAGAAUAAAGGUAGUAACGUGAUGCGGUCCAUCCAUGGGGUUGGGGAGCUGAUGACCCAGGUGGUGCUCCGGGGAGGAGGCUUCCUGCCCAUGACUCCCACGGCCACCGCCCCUGAGGGCAACGUGAAGCAAGCAGAGCCAGAGAAGGAGGACAUCAUGGUGAUGGACACCAAGUUGAAGAUCAUUGAAAUACUCCAGUUUAUUUUGAAUGUGAGGUUGGAUUAUAGGAUCUCCUGCCUCCUGUGUAUAUUUAAGCGGGAGUUUGAUGAAAGCAAUUCCCAGACUUCGGAAACAUCCUCCGGAAGCAGCAGCCAAGAGGGACCAAGUAAUGUACCAGGUGCUCUUGAUUUUGAACACAUUGAAGAGCAGGCCGAGGGCAUCUUUGGAGGAAGGAAAGAGAACACGCCACUGGACCUGGAUGACCACGGCGGCAGAACCUUCCUCCGGGUCCUGCUGCAUUUGACGAUGCAUGACUACCCACCCCUGGUGUCAGGGGCCCUGCAGCUCCUCUUUCGGCACUUCAGUCAGAGGCAGGAGGUCCUGCAGGCCUUCAAACAGGUUCAACUGCUUGUUACCAGCCAAGAUGUCGACAACUACAAACAGAUCAAACAAGACUUGGACCAACUGAGAUCCAUCGUGGAGAAGUCAGAGCUUUGGGUGUACAAAGGGCAGGGCCCUGAUGAGGCCAUGGACGGUGCAUCUGGUGAAAAUGAACAUAAGAAAACAGAGGAGGGGAAUAACAAGUCACAGAAGCAUGAGAGCACCAGCAGCUAUAACUACAGGGUGGUCAAAGAGAUUUUGAUUCGACUCAGCAAACUCUGUGUCCAAGAAGGCGCCUCGGUGAGGAAGAGCAGGAAGCAGCAGCAACGCCUGCUCCGGAACAUGGGCGCCCACGCCGUGGUGCUGGAGCUUCUACAGAUCCCCUACGAGAAGGCCGAAGACACCAAGAUGCAGGAGAUAAUGAGGCUGGCUCACGAGUUUCUGCAGAAUUUCUGUGCUGGCAACCAGCAGAAUCAGGCUUUGCUCCACAAACAUAUAAACCUGUUUCUCAACCCAGGGAUCCUGGAGGCGGUCACGAUGCAGCACAUCUUCAUGAACAAUUUCCAGCUGUGUAGUGAGAUCAACGAGAGAGUCGUCCAGCACUUUGUUCACUGCAUUGAGACUCACGGUCGAAACGUCCAGUACAUCAAGUUCUUGCAGACGAUUGUCAAGGCUGAAGGGAAAUUCAUCAAAAAGUGCCAAGACAUGGUCAUGGCUGAGCUGGUUAAUGCAGGAGAGGAUGUCCUCGUAUUCUACAACGACAGAGCCUCUUUCCAGACUCUGAUCCAGAUGAUGAGGUCGGAACGGGACCGGAUGGAUGAGAACAGCCCUCUCAUGUACCACAUCCACCUGGUCGAGCUCUUGGCCGUGUGCACAGAGGGCAAGAACGUCUACACGGAGAUCAAGUGCAACUCCCUGCUCCCGCUGGAUGACAUUGUCCGCGUGGUGACCCACGAGGACUGCAUCCCCGAGGUUAAAAUUGCGUACAUUAACUUCCUAAAUCACUGCUAUGUGGAUACGGAGGUGGAAAUGAAGGAGAUUUAUACCAGUAAUCACAUGUGGAAAUUGUUUGAGAAUUUCCUUGUGGACAUCUGCAGGGCCUGUAACAACACAAGUGACAGGAAACACGCAGACUCAAUUUUGGAGAAGUAUGUCACCGAAAUUGUCAUGAGCAUCGUUACUACGUUCUUCAGUUCUCCCUUCUCAGACCAGAGUACGACUUUGCAGACUCGCCAGCCCGUCUUUGUGCAGCUGCUGCAAGGUGUGUUCAGGGUUUACCACUGCAACUGGCUCAUGCCGAGCCAGAAGGCCUCAGUGGAGAGCUGCAUUCGGGUGCUCUCUGAUGUAGCCAAGAGCCGGGCCAUUGCCAUCCCUGUGGACCUGGACAGCCAGGUCAACAACCUCUUCCUCAAGUCCCACAACAUCGUGCAGAAAACUGCCAUGAACUGGCGGCUGACAGCCCGCAAUGCAGCUCGCAGAGACUCUGUCCUGGCAGCUUCCAGAGACUACCGGAAUAUCAUCGAGCGAUUGCAGGACAUUGUCUCUGCCCUGGAGGACCGUCUCAGGCCCCUGGUGCAGGCCGAGUUAUCUGUGCUGGUGGACGUCCUCCACAGGCCUGAGCUGCUUUUCCCGGAGAACACAGAUGCCAGAAGAAAGUGUGAAAGUGGUGGCUUCAUUUGCAAGUUAAUAAAGCACACUAAACAGCUGCUAGAGGAGAAUGAGGAGAAACUCUGCAUUAAGGUCCUACAGACCCUCAGAGAAAUGAUGACCAAAGACAGAGGCUAUGGAGAAAAGGGUGAGGCCCUCAGGCAGAUUUUGGUCAACCGUUACUAUGGAAACAUCAGACCUUCAGGAAGAAGAGAGAGCCUUACCAGCUUUGGCAAUGGCCCGCUGUCACCAGGAGGACCCGGCAAGCCCGGGGGAGGAGGGGGAGGUUCCGGGUCCAGCUCCAUGAGCAGGGGGGAGAUGAGCCUGGCUGAGGUUCAGUGCCACCUUGACAAGGAGGGGGCCUCCAAUCUGGUCAUCGACCUCAUAAUGAACGCAUCCAGCGAUCGAGUGUUCCACGAAAGCAUUCUCCUGGCCAUCGCCCUGCUGGAAGGAGGCAACACCACCAUACAGCACUCCUUUUUCUGCCGGUUGACAGAAGAUAAGAAGUCGGAGAAAUUCUUCAAGGUCUUCUAUGACCGAAUGAAGGUGGCCCAGCAAGAGAUCAAGGCAACGGUGACGGUGAACACGAGUGACUUGGGAAAUAAAAAGAAAGAUGAUGAGGUAGACAGGGAUGCCCCAUCACGGAAAAAAGCCAAAGAGCCCACGACACAGAUAACGGAAGAGGCCCGGGAUCAGCUCCUGGAGGCCUCUGCCGCCACCAGGAAAGCCUUCACCACCUUCAGAAGGGAGGCUGACCCCGACGAUCACUACCAGUCAGGGGAGGGCGCCCAGGCCACAGCAGACAAGACCAAGGACGACCUGGAGAUGAGCGCAGUCAUCACCAUCAUGCAGCCCAUCCUCCGCUUCCUGCAGCUCCUGUGCGAAAACCACAACCGGGACCUACAGAACUUCCUUCGUUGCCAAAAUAACAAGACCAACUACAAUUUGGUCUGUGAGACACUGCAGUUUCUGGACUGUAUUUGUGGAAGUACCACGGGGGGUCUUGGUCUUCUCGGACUCUAUAUCAACGAAAAGAAUGUGGCCCUCAUCAACCAAACCCUGGAAAGUCUGACUGAAUACUGUCAAGGACCUUGCCAUGAGAACCAGAACUGCAUAGCCACCCAUGAAUCCAAUGGCAUUGACAUCAUCACAGCCCUGAUCCUCAAUGACAUCAACCCUCUGGGAAAGAAGAGGAUGGACCUUGUACUAGAACUGAAGAACAACGCAUCCAAGUUGCUCCUGGCCAUCAUGGAGAGCAGGCACGACAGUGAAAAUGCCGAGAGGAUCCUCUAUAACAUGAGGCCCAAGGAACUGGUGGAAGUGAUCAAGAAAGCCUACAUGCAAGGCGAAGUGGAAUUCGAGGAUGGAGAGAAUGGCGAGGACGGAGCUGCUUCCCCCAGGAAUGUGGGACACAACAUCUACAUCUUAGCUCAUCAGUUGGCUCGGCACAACAAAGAACUUCAGACCAUGCUGAAACCUGGUGGCCAGGUGGAGGGAGACGAAGCUCUGGAGUUUUACGCCAAGCACACGGCCCAGAUAGAGAUUGUCAGAUUAGACCGAACUAUGGAACAGAUUGUUUUCCCCGUGCCCAGUAUAUGUGAAUUCCUAACCACGGAGUCAAAGCUACGAAUAUACUACACUACAGAGAGGGAUGAGCAAGGCAGCAAGAUCAACGAUUUCUUCCUGCGAUCCGAGGACCUCUUCAAUGAGAUGAAUUGGCAAAAGAAGCUGCGAGCCCAGCCCGUUCUGUAUUGGUGUGCCCGCAACAUGUCUUUCUGGAGCAGCAUUUCAUUCAACCUGGCUGUCCUGAUGAAUCUGCUUGUGGCCUUUUUCUACCCAUUUAAAGGAGUCCGAGGAGGAACCUUGGAGCCACACUGGUCAGGGCUGCUGUGGACAGCCAUGCUCAUAUCUCUGGCCAUCGUCAUUGCCCUCCCCAAGCCCCACGGCAUCCGGGCCUUAAUCGCUUCCACAAUUCUCCGGUUGAUAUUUUCGGUCGGGUUACAACCCACGUUGUUUCUUCUGGGAGCUUUCAAUGUCUGCAAUAAAAUCAUCUUUCUCAUGAGCUUUGUGGGCAACUGUGGAACAUUCACCAGAGGCUACCGAGCCAUGGUUCUGGAUGUUGAGUUCCUUUAUCAUUUGCUGUAUCUGCUGAUCUGCGCCAUGGGGCUCUUCGUCCAUGAAUUCUUCUACAGUUUGCUGCUUUUUGACUUAGUGUACAGAGAAGAGACUCUGCUUAAUGUCAUUAAAAGCGUCACUCGCAACGGACGGUCCAUCAUCUUGACGGCGGUCCUGGCUUUGAUCCUGGUUUACUUGUUCUCAAUAGUGGGCUACCUUUUCUUCAAGGAUGACUUCAUCUUGGAAGUAGAUAGGCUGCCCAAUGAAACCGCUCUUCCAGAAGCCAGUGAGAGUUUGGCAAGCGAGUUCCUGUACUCUGACGUGUGUAGGGUGGAGACUGGGGAGAACUGCUCCUCUCCGGCACCCAAAGAAGAGCGGGUCCCUGCAGAAGAGACGGAGCAAGAUAAAGAGCACACGUGUGAGACGCUACUGAUGUGCAUCGUCACAGUGCUGAGUCACGGGCUGCGGAGCGGGGGCGGAGUGGGCGAUGUGCUCAGGAAGCCAUCCAAAGAGGAGCCCCUCUUUGCUGCUCGAGUGAUCUAUGACCUCUUGUUCUUCUUCAUGGUCAUCAUCAUUGUCCUUAAUCUGAUUUUCGGGGUCAUCAUUGACACCUUUGCCGAUCUGAGGAGUGAAAAGCAGAAAAAGGAAGAGAUCUUAAAGACCACGUGCUUUAUCUGCGGCUUGGAAAGAGACAAGUUCGACAACAAGACUGUCACCUUCGAAGAGCACAUCAAGGAGGAGCACAACAUGUGGCACUACCUGUGCUUCAUCGUCCUGGUGAAAGUAAAGGACUCCACAGAGUACACGGGGCCUGAGAGUUACGUGGCGGAAAUGAUCAAGGAGAGAAACCUUGACUGGUUCCCGAGGAUGAGAGCCAUGUCCCUGGUCAGCAGCGAUGCGGACGGAGAGCAGAACGAGCUGAGGAGCCUGCAGGAGAAGCUGGAGUCCACCAUGAAGCUGGUCACGAAUCUUUCCGGGCAGCUGUCAGAGUUAAAGGACCAGAUGACAGAACAAAGGAAGCAGAAACAAAGAAUUGGUCUUCUAGGACACCCUCCUCACGUGAACGUCAACCCACAGCAACCAGCAUAAGCAAAGGAAACAAAGGAAUCGUACUUACCGUUUUAAAUUAUUUUUAGUGUGGGUAUGGCUAAUUCGGUCUGAUUCACCCACAGAGGUUACAUUUAUGCUUAGUAUAUUUGUAAAUACUCAGUUUUAUACUGUAUGUAUAUGAUUGCUACUCUCAAGGUUUGGACAUAUGUAUUGUAAUUAGAAUUGUUGGCACGAUGAAAUUUCAUUUGUGCCAAAAAUAUUUAAAAAUGCCUUUUUUGGAAGGACUAAAGAAAGCACCUGAUUUGCACUUGAACCACAUUAUAGAUUUAAAAGUAUAUGACAUGUAUUUUGUAUUUAAAACUAGAAUAGCCAGUAUUUAUGUUUUUUAUAGAACUGUGCAAUACCAAUUAUGCAAUCACAAUAAAUUUGUAACUCCUGAGUAGCCUAAGGGGAGUGCACAUCUUUGAAGCUGGUGUGUUAAUAGUAUGUAAUAAAUGGUUACAUAUCAAAUGAUGCUGCUGCCAAAAUCAUCUUAAGAGUGAGUUUUGUACCAUAUAAUUAUCCUGUGGUGACACUACUUCUCACUGCUAGCGGCCCUAGUGCCUCUGUCUCGUAGUGACCGUGCGCCAAGCCUACGAACUGUCAAGUCAGCAUUCAUUUUAAGAAAAGCAACUUUAGUUUCAAAGAUACUUUAAGGCUUCUGAAUUGAUCAUUUAAACUAUUUCUUUAAGUAAGAGAGCUAAAUUAGAGGCUCAGACUUUAGUUUGCCAAGUCAGUGAAUUUUUUAAAGGGAACUUUUUAAUGCCACGUUUGAGGUAAAUGCAUACUGCUAGCCAAUCAGUGUCACCUCCUCGGUGAAUUUUGGUGUCACGUUAUAAAGCAAUGAGUAAUUGAUGGGCUCUAGAUUAUCUAGUCCAAACAGUAGAGUUGAUUUUUUUUCUUCAUCUGAACCAACAUGCUACAGUAGCUAAGAAGUAUUAAACUAUAUCCAUCCAUAUAAAGAUGAAAUAUGAUCUAUCCCAUUAGAGCUCAUAGUUUGAACACUGACAUGUUAUUCUUGUGAAAGAGCCACAUUUGGGUUUUAUUUCUUUGUCACAUUAUUUCUUUUCUUGUUGGAUGAAAAAGUAUGAAAGGAAACUUUUAUAUCUGUUGCCUAGUUUUGUACAUGGAUCUCAUUUUACAAGACAAUCUCUCUACAAAAAAAGUUAAACAUGUAUUGAAAGCAGAGUUCUGAAAUGAGUAAAGUUUGUAAAUGCAGAUAUAAAAAUAAUAUGUAAUAAAUGAUGCAGAAUAAAAUACAGCGACCGA